AUGGACGCUGGAUUCAAGAUCGGUAUCGAGCUCGAACUGCUGUUGCGGCCAAUCCGCAGAAGCAAAAACGAAUUCAAGGACCUGGAGGAUUUUGCCCAGUUUAUUGUGGCCCAUUGCAAUGCUGCCCGUCGUCCUGCCCCACGAAUGUACAACGACGUUGAUGGUAUCUACGAGGGGCCGAACACCACAACUGAGUGGUCUCUUACGGACGACGCUACCAUCAAAACAGACGAAGAUGAUCAGUUAUCUCCCAUCCUUAGAUACCAUGCGCAAAGCACCUGGCGCGAUCAAGUCCGUCUUGUCUUCAAAGCCAUUCGACUCGUUUGCGAAGUCACAAGCAAUCGAUCCUGUGGCGUCCAUGUCCACAUUUCACCCCCCGGGGAGUCCAGCUGGAGCCUCGGCACCUUGAAGUCCCUUUGCCGGUCCAUAUUCUACUUUGAGGGAGCCAUUGAAGCCCUAGUCCAACCGCAACGAAGGAGCAAUGAAUACACGGCGAACAAUCGUCGCGAUAACUCAUUGCUCAAAGGAAAAUCCAUCACCACUUGCCUAAAUCUUGUGAAUCGUUGCAAUCACCCCUCCGAAAUUGCAGACUUGAUGAAUGACGGCGGCGCAAGAUAUUUCUCUUGGAACUUCACAAAUCUAUACUACGGUGGCUUGGCUACUGUCGAAUUCAGACAGGCACCGGGGGCAAUUGACGAAACAAUGUGUAUACCAUGGGUAGAGUUUGUGGUCAGUUUCGUUCAUGGGUCUAAGAUGACCUCAUCCUAUCGUGACCUUCUUCAGUACUCUCGAGAUGUCGAGGGGCUUCGCAGGUUUCUUACGAGACAUGAAGUCUCUGGGUUCAAGCGUUCUCUCUUGGACCAUAUUUUCCGAGGGAAAUCCGGAUUUGUGGUACCACAAGCUGUCCGAACUUUGAGCGAAGAAGAGCGGACAGCGUUGUGGGCGAAGAUGGAAGAGGGUCGCAAGAGAAAUCUUAUGAUGAUGAAGUUGGGUCUCAAGCCCAGGUAG